AUGCUCAGCUUGUACGUGCUCUCGUGUGGACGCGCCUUUAAAUCCGCGCUUACCGCGCACGAAACGCCGCAGUGGUCGGUCAAGCUACCGAUCGUUUUACUCGCACUACGCAGCACCGUGAAAGCAGACGUCGAUCAUACUCCAGCCGAGUUGGUAUACUGCACCACGCUCCGACUACCAGGCGAAUACUUUCACCACGCGCCACCCGAGCUACAACCGCCUGAGCUGGUAGCUGCCUUACGUCAAUCGAUGGGACAACUAUGUUUCACGCCCGGUGCUAACCACGAAACCCGACGCACCCACUUCGUACCAGACGACCUCAACCGUACGAGCCACGUUUUCAUCAGGAUAGAUGCCGCCAAGUCGCCGCUCCAGCCACGUUACGAGGGACCGUCCGCAGUUUUGGAACGCCGCGAAAAAAUAUUCAAGGUGCAGCGCGGGCAAUCAUCGACGACCUGGAUUUCCAUCGAACGUCUCAAGCCAGCAUUUGUCUUACGCGAGGAUCCGAUCGCCGUCCAUUCCUACUCGCGUAAUUCCGUAUAA